AUGUGUAACUGUAACAGAGAUGCCCAGAAUCUUGAAAAGAUUGACCGGGCCGAACUAGAAAAAUGCGGUAGUGAUAUAGUCAAACUCUUCAAAGAUCAAGUUUUUUCAAUUAUAUUCGAUGACAAAUGGGGAGAAAUAUUUAAUUAUUCGUCGAGUCCAGAAUUUGGCAAUGAACAGAAAGAGAGAUUAGGUAGCAUCAAAGAGUAUAUUCAAAUGGGUGAAAAUGCGGUAGGAAAACUUAAUUCAGUAUGGCGAACGGAUGAAACAAAAGUUAAAUCUUUUAGAUUAUUUUGUCAUCAGAGUAGGAUAUUUACAUUUAUACUAAAAGGGGAAUAUCAUUUAGUUAUUAUUAAUAAAUGCGGUUCCAAAGGUGUAGUAUCAGAUCCUAAUUUUGAUUCAACACUUCAACGAAUCUUAAAUGGAAUUACCAAUUCUAUUCCUGCUCUUGCUUCUCCUAAUAUUCAGCAAGAGCUAUAA